AUGUCAACUAAUAAUUCACCAAAAAAGCCUCCUUCUAUUACAUCCUCAUUUUCAAAUGGUUCAUCACCAAUAAAAUCUAAUACCCUUAGAAAUAACGCGUCUAAUAUUUCAUCAUCAUCAUCAAAAGUUAUAGAUUUAUUACAAUCUCAAAUAGAUAAAUUAACAGAUGAAAUUUCAAAUUUAAAACAAUCAAAUCAAGAAUUAAAUAAAAAAAAUCAAAUAUUAAAUCAAAGAAAUGAAAGUUUUAUUGAUCAAGUUGCAAAUUUAAGACAUGAAAAUGAAAUGAAUUUAGCAAUGCUUAAAAGAAAAGAUAGGAGAAUUAUUGAUUUAGAAAAUUCAAAUAAUGAGUUAAAUAAUAAUUUAGAAACAAUAAAUUUAACAAAUAAACAAUUAAAAUUUAAAUAUGAAAAUUUAAAUUCAAAUAACUACAAGACAAUGUCAGAAUUUGAAAAUUUAAAAAUUUCUUAUGAUGUUUUAAAUUCAAGUUUAAAAGAAUAUAAAUCAUAUUAUAAAAAUGAAAUUAAUGAAUUAAAUAAAAAAUUUAUUGAUUAUCAAACAAACAAUUUAAAAAAAUGGGAAUCAUUAUCAAAUACAAUUGAAUCAAAUGAUAAAGAUAUCGAUGUAUUAUUAGAUGGUUUAAAUAAUAAAAAGAAAAUAAUGGAUAAUAUUUAUGUUAACAAGAAUCAAAAAAUUUUAAAUAUAUUAAAAAAUUUAACUAAACUAAUAUCAAUACAUGGAAUGGAAAGUAAGGAAAUAUUAAAUAAUAACGUUAAAAUUAUAGAAGAUCUAAUAGAGAAAUAUCCAAAUUUAGUAGAAUUAAUACAAAAACAUAAUUCAGAAUUUGAAACUGAUUUAAAUAAAUUAAUUUUAGAAUCAAAAGAAAUUAUAGUUGAAAAUAAUCAAGAAAUACAGUUGAUCAAAUCACCAAAUUUUGAUAAUCAACAAAAUAAAUUUAAUCAUAGUCUGAAUCAUAGUCUGAAUCAUAACAACAAUAACUAUAAGAGAAGAACUUAUAGGAAUUCAUCAAUAAAUCAUCAUUCACAUUCAAGAAAUUCUUCAAUUAAUUCAUCAAUAAAUGCAUUUAAACCAAUUCAAUCAAUUCAUAAUUCAAAUAAUAACAACCAAAAUAAUCAAAUUCAAAAUAAAGAUUAUACACCAAAAUUAAAUAAUAAUUUAAUAAAUAUAAAUAAAUCAAGAAAUAAAAGUGGUUCAUAUAAUAAUAAUAAUAAUAGUUAUAAUAACAAUUAUAACACUGGUGCAACAAAUUCAAAUAAUAAUUAUAAAAGAAGGUCAUAUAUUAAUAAUUUAAAUAAAUUUAAUAAUUCUGGUAAUAAUCAAAAUUAA